AUGAGGGAUGACAAGAAAGAGAUAUUCGGUGAUCCUUCGGUGAACAUACACUACAGAGGAGUUGACUCUUCAUCACUACUAGGGCAAGUAGCCCGAGACGACUCCGCCACUGAGCUCGUCACCCCUGCCAGUGAACGCUCCAGCGUUGCAGGCAAUGAACAAGGUACUGACGGCAUGGAUUUACAAAUCCAAGAUACCCACCAUACAGGUGUCCUGGGCACGUCUGGAACAUGCUUUUGCCCAGUCAUAUUACGGUCUUGUAUCUUCAGUCUCGGACGAGGCACCUUAUACAAAAGGCACUGGACGGCCGUAUUUGGUUUCCUCAUGUUUGAAUCGAAAGCUGGAGCGUUAGACAUGGUUGCCCUCGUCCUCAGCGGGGCCAUGUCCCAACACGCGCAGGCCUCUCAGAAGGCAGCCGCCGAUAAGAACCGUAAAUACUGGAAGAAACGUAUUAAUUUUGCAGGUCUAGCAGUGCCUGGGACGCUAGCGUAUAUCCUGGUUGCACCCCUUGUGGCACGCCUCAAGGCAGCCUGGCAUGCUACGGUUGCCCCUAGCAGUCUGUCCAAUGUCAAGAACGCGUUGAACCUCGCUUAUGAACACCUCGCACGGGCCAAGAAAUUUGGUGAGUGGCGAGUACCCAUGACGGCAUCGUCAGCCUCGAUCACCUCCCAUCGAAGCGCUGACAGCCCGGUUGAAUUCGUGUGA